AUGGCCACCACCGCAUCUCAACCAGCUCCAGCAACGAACGCUGCCUCGUCCCAACCAGAACAAAAAGCCUUCCCCUCGCUCCGUUUCGCCGAUAUCGGGAUCAACCUUACCGACCCCAUUUUCCGGGGGACCUACCACGGCAGGGCCGCGCACGAAGAUGACCUCCUCCACAUCAUCACCCGCGCCCGCACCGCCGGCGUCCAGAAAAUGAUGGUCACCGGCAGCGACCUGGACGAGAGCCGGGCCGCGAUGACCCUAGCGCGAGAGAACCCCGGACUAUGCUAUGCCACCGUCGGCGUCCAUCCUUGCUCCGCGGAGACGUUUCUGAAGUACCCUCAGGGAGCGGAUGCGUUGUUGCAGGAUUUGAAGAAUCUUGCGACCGAAGGGAGAGACGAGGGGACUGCGACGGCGUUUGGUGAGAUCGGAUUGGAUUAUGACCGGUUGCAGCAUGCGAGUCGCGAGACGCAAUUGGAAUUUUUCGCCAAACAGCUUGAUGUGGCGAUUGAAGUUGGCUUGCCGCUGUUCUUGCACUCGAGGGCCGCGGCGGAGGAUUUCGAGGGGCUUCUGAGGGAGCGACUUGACAAAUUGCCGAGGAGGGGACUUGUGCAUUCGUUUACGGGCACGAUGGAGGAGAUGAGGAGGUUGGUGGAGAUGGGUUUUGAUAUUGGGAUUAAUGGGUGUAGUAUGAAGACGGAGGAGAAUUUGGAGGUUGUCAAGGAGGUCCCCUUGGAACGCUUGCAGAUUGAGACGGAUGGGCCGUGGUGUGAGAUGAGGCCGAGUCAUGCUAGUGCAAAGUUUUUGAAGGAGGCGCCGCCGUUGCCGAAGGCGGUCAAAAAAGAGAAGUGGAAUGCUGAGGCGAUGGUCAAGGGGAGGAAUGAGCCUUGUGCUAUUACCCAGGUUGCGUAUGCGGUUGCUGCGGUCAAGGGAAUCCCGGUGGAAGAAGUCUGUGAAGCGGCUUGGAACAAUUCCAUCAAGAUGUUCGGACUCGGCGAGGAACAGCAAUAA